GAUCCCGGUUAUUGAAGCUUCCCUUAAUAUGGCCAAGUAAUAUAUCAGGCACCGCGGCCUCCAAGCUUCAGAACUAUGAUGCCACAUUCGGUACUUUCAUAUUGGCAUCAGAUGAAGGCCCACUCAUGGCCUUGGGAGAAACGGAAGGUGAAGCCCGUCCAUUUGUGGGGCAUUAGAUCAUUGCCAUGCGAGCUAUCCGCGGUAUAAGAGUGAUGUUCGCCCAGCAGAUGAAAUGUAGGACUGUACAAGCACUCUUCAAUCCUCCACACGAUGCUUUUCAAGACUCUUUUGGCGGCGGCCGCUUUGGCCAGCACCGCCUUCGCUGCUCCUGCUGAGAAACGCCAAACUUCUCGCAAAAUGAAGUGGUUCGGUAUCAACGAAUCCGGUGCCGAGUUUGGUGAGAAGAACUUCACAGGUGUCUACGGAAAGGAAUACAUCUGGUACGAUUUGAACACCAUCGACAAGUUCAUGGACGAAGGAAUGAACAUGUUCCGCCUGAAUUUCCUAAUGGAGCGCCUGACCCCCAACUCCCUCACCGGCGCCUUCGACCCGCUCUACCUCGGCAACCUCACAGAACAAGUAAACCACAUAACCUCCAAAGGCUCCUACGCCAUGAUCCAACCCCACAACUACGGCCGCUUCCUCGGCAACAUCAUCACCGACACCUCCGCGUUCAAAACCUGGUGGAAAAACGUUGCGGCCAUCUACAAGGACAACGACCUCGUCGUUUUCGACACAAACAACGAGUUCCACGACAUGGACCAACAACUCGUCUUCGACCUCAAUCAAGCCGCCAUCGACGGCAUUCGUGCCGCAGGCGCCACAAAGCAAUACAUCACCCCCGAAGGCAACAGCUGGACCGGCGCCUGGACAUGGAUCUCCUCCGGUAACGGCGCCAGCAUGGUUAAUCUGAAAGACCCCCAGAACAAACUCGUGUACCAAAUGCAUCAGUACCUUGAUACCGAUGGCUCUGGUACCUCGGCCACCUGCGUCAGCACGACGAUUUUCAAAGAGAGACUCCAGGCUGCGACAAAGUGGCUCAAGGAUAAUAAGAAACAGGGCGUUAUUGGCGAGUUUGCGGGGGGAAACAAUGCGCAGUGUAUUUCUGCGUUGCAGGAUGGAUUGAAGUAUAUGGGCGAGAAUAGCGAUGUCUGGCUGGGAGGUAUCUGGUGGGCAGCCGGGCCGUGGUGGGCUGAUUACAUUUACAAUAUGGAACCUACGAGUGGGGUGGCUUGGACGGGGAUUUUGCCCAAGAUUAAGAGUUAUUUUUUGUAGAUGGGGAGGGUCUGUGAGAUGGAGAUCGGUUGUAUAUACUUUGCUCUUUUUCUCUUGUAGAUAUUCGAAUA